AUGGCUGAGGGCAAGGUCCAGGCGUCACCUGCAAUGACCUUCCCAAAGACCGGGGAAGACACACUGGCAUUGCCACCACCCCCUGCCCAGGACGAGUUGCCCCUUCCCCCGCCCAAGGAGGCCUUCUCCAAGUUCUACCAGCAGCGACAGGCCAAUGAGCUCAGGAGACUCUAUCGCCACAUCCACCCCGAGCUCCGCAAGAAUCUGGAGGAAGCUGUGGUCAAGGACUUAGCUGAGGUCCUGGAGGCCGAGGACCCCACAGAAGGCGAUGUCCAGUCCAUGCGCUGGAUCUUUGAGAACUGGAGUCUGGACGCCAUCGGUGACCACGCGCCUCCUCAGAGGUUGACAGACAGUGAGGCGGUACCUGCAGGGGAUGUGCGGGCCACCUCGAAAAAGUUUGAGGAUGGCUCCUUUGGCACUACGGACCAGGCACCAGCCAAGCCAGGGCCAAUCCGUGGGGACGUUCAGACAGUCCGGUGGCUAUUUGAGACCCGACCGAUGGACACGCUGACGAGUCAGACAGAUAUACAGAAAGCUGUGCUCCGAGAGCCCCCACCAAGCGGAGAUGUCCAGGGCACCAGGACCCUCUUUGAAACAAAGCCACUGGACAGCCUGGGCUGCCAGCCCUCUACCCAGGAGCAAAGUCCCCUGCAGCUGCGCUCAGAAAUCCAAGAGUUAAAGGGGGACGUGAAGAAGACGGUGAAACUCUUCCAGACAGAGCCCCUCUGUGCGAUUCAGGAUGCCGAGGGUGGCAUCCACGAGGUCAAGGCCGCGUGCCGGGAGGAGAUCCAGAGCACAGCAGUGCGGACAGCCCGGUGGCUGUUUGAGACCCGGCCACUGGACGCCAUCAAUCGGGACCCAAGCCAAGUUCGAGUGAUCAGAGGAAUCUCUCUGGAGGAGGCAGCGCGGCCCGACAUCAGCAACACCCGCUGGCUCUUCGAGACGCAGCCACUAGAUUCUAUCCGAGAAGUUACAAUUGAUGAGAAGGACUUUCAGCCUUCCCCAGAUCUCAUCCCCCCUGGCCCGGACGUACAGCAACAGCGGAUGCUGUUUGAGACCCGGGCCCUGGACACACUGAAGGGGGAGGAGGCACCUGAAGGAGCCGUGACAGCCAAGGAGGAGGUGAUCGGAGGGGACGUGCGUUCUACCCUGUGGCUGUUUGAGACGCAGGCGCUGGGUCCUCCCAGCAGCAAGGUCCAAGUGGGGCGCCUGCAGCAGGUCGGGCAGCGAGAGAGUGAGAAGGGAGACUCGGAGAUUGCUGGACUUGAGCUGGAGAAAUGCCCUGGCGGUUGCGCCUCCAAAAUGGCGCUCAGCCAGCUUCCUGCUGGGGAUAAGGAGGGAAAGGGAGAUGUGAAGGCUUUCAAGAAGCUGUUUGAGACUCUUCCCCUGGACAGCAUUGGGCAGGAGAAGGCCCCCGUCCCUACAGAGGAGAGCAAGCUGACGGGGGUGGUGUCUGCUGGACAAGUCCAAGCCAGCCAGGCCCUGUUUGAAAAAUGGCCACUGUAUGCCAUUCAGGAUGGCCAAGGCGGCCUCCAUGCUCUGACUUCAGUCAGCAGAGAGCAGGUGGUUGGUGGGGACGUUCAGGGCUUCAGGUGGAUGUUUGAGACACAGCCCCUGGACCGACUGGGCCAGGAUCCAGAGAAGGUGGAUGUCAUCCGAGGCAUCACUCGUGAGGAGGUCAUGGCCGGGGACGUGAGCAGUGCACGCUGGCUUUUUGAGACACAGCCCCUGGAGGUCAUCCAUCAGCAGAAGAAGGAGAAAGAGGGCAAAGAGGAGGAGCCCCCAUCGGCAGUGCCCCCGAAGUGUAACGUGCAGACCAUCCGCUGGCUUUUUGAGACACACCCCCUCCACGCUUUGGCCGGAGAGUCAAGGCCAGAGGUCACAGGCACCGGUCCUCAGGCUGAUGUCCGGUCAUAUACGUGGAUGUUUGAGACCCAGCCCCGAGAGGGGCCGGAGGGUCCUGGAGAGCAGCACCUCCAGGUCAGACAGGCCUCCCUCCAUACCAAAGACCAACAGAUGGAAGCUCACAUCUUUGAAACAGAGCCCCUGCUCCCCCCUUACAAGCUUGGGGGAAAGGACCCUGUCCAUUACUGCAGCCGGGUGGAGAUUCCAGUGGGGCAGGUCUCACGAAGGAAGGAGGUCUUUGAGGCUCCAGAGGUGACCGAAGGCCAGAAAGGACAGCUGGGGCCUGUGAUUGCCCCUGAGCCCGUAAUGGGAGGCUCAGUCCGCAAAUUCACAUGGCUCUUUGAGAAUUGUCCAAUGGAUUGCUUAGAGAAGGCAGCGAGCGGGGGCAUCCAGGAGAUGCCCCCUGAGAAAGACGCAGCUCCCACUGCCACAUCUGGAAAGAGGUUUGUCUUUGAGACCUGCUCCCUGGGGGAACUUCCAGAUGAUGUGGAUGAGACUGAGCUGCAGAGAAUCGAGAAGAAGACCCUGGACAGAGGUCUCAGCUCGUCCCAGACCCUCCGCUUUGAGAGCCAGCCGCUGUACGUGCUGCCAGACCGCCAGGGCCAGCUCCACGAAGUCACAGCAGUGAAGAAGGAAGAGAUAUGGAAGGCAGACACCUGUGGUGCCCGCUGGAUCUUUGAGACCCGGCCCUUGACCCAAAGGCUGGGAGCUGAAGAAGAAAUAUUUGUCCUCCGAGCUGUGACCCAGGAGGACAUCUGUCAAGGUGAGCUCAAAGCUGCACGUUGGAAGUUUGAGACAGAGCCUUUGGAGCCGGCAGCCAGCGCUGGAAAGGACAAGGCCCCACGCUACGUGCGGACAGUGAGCAUGAGCGAUGUGCAGCAGGGGAACGUGCGCACCUCCACCUGGCUCUUUGAGAACAGGCCCUUGGACUCCCUGAAGGGCGGUGAGUCGGAAGGUAACGCGGAGGCUUCUGCCACCCCCGAGCCCGCUCUGUCCGUGCAGAGACAGGACAGCUGCCGAGGGGACGUCAAACGUUGCACCUGGCUCUUUGAGACCCAGCCCCUGGACCAGCUCCAGGAGCCGGCGCCCCAGGACGAGGUGCCCAGGGAGAAGCUACCGCAGGCAGACGUGAAGAGCACCACGUGGCUCUUUGAGAGCACCCCCCUGGACCAGCUGCAUGACUCCGUGCCCGGGAAGGAGAGACCCCGGGAGCAGGUGCCCCAGGCAGACGUGAAAGGCACCACUCGCCUGUUUGAGAGCAAGCCCCUGGACCACCUGAAUGCCCAGCCGGAUGGAGAGCCAGAGCAGAGGGAGACAGCGUCCGGGGAGAUCCUGACAAUGCUGCACGGCACCCCUGGUGUCCUGCAAAGGGGAGGCAUCCUCAUCGAAGCCCACACAGCCCGGACGGUCCGAAUGGCCAAAUACCAGCUGCCCAGCCCUGGCAAGGAGCGGCCUCAGGUGCAGAAGGAGGAGGUGGUCCUGGGUGAGCUUCCGAGGAUUCUGCGCCGCGUGAUGCAAGGGCCAGACGUGGCUCCUCAGGGGCUUCUGGUGCAGAAGGAUGAGGCUGGCCUCGUGAAGCUGGAGCCGCUGCCGCUCUCAGCCCUAAUGGAUGGCAGUGGACACAAGGUCUGGGACCUGCUGGCCUGGAGCCAUGCCGCUGGUGGGACCAGAACGGGGCUGGUGAUCCAGGAGACCGAGCAGGGCUUGGUGAAGCUGCUUGUCUACUCACUCCGGCUCCAGCUGGGGUCCCAAGCAGCCAGUGGGAUGGCAGAGAGGGGCAGCGUCCAGCUCUUAGCUAGCUGUAUCGAGAAGGGGGACCUGGAUUCCCUUAAGAGCUUGCAAUGGGAGCCCCCGACAGACAACCACAGUCCAGCUGAGGGGACAGCCACCCCGAGCCAAACCCCCCUGACAGCAUCUUCAGCGAAGAAGGUCAUCCACGUGGCCUUGCCAGAAGGUGGGAUAGGGUGUGCAAAGAGCACAGGACCCACCUCCACCCAACUCCUGGCCAAGGAGGCUUGGGUCUCCCCAGGGCCGCAGGGCCAGGGGAAGCAUGGAGGGGCACAGAAGGCCCCAGCGACCCUCGGAGACCCCCAGGGAGCCCCAUCCGUGACCCCAGAGGGGCCGGGCCCUGACCUCCAGGUAGCCAUGCAGAACCUCCGUCGGGCCACAGCUGAGGCCCAGACCCUCCAACACCAAGUGCAGAGCAAACACAGGCCGAGGAACGUCCCCUCAGCACGGGAGCCCCCCCAGAAUGGCCAGACCCAGGAGCCGGCCCCGCAGAGCAGUCCCGCCCCCAGGAUCUCCAGGGUAGUGAUGCCUGACAUCCAAAUGACCUCCCUGGUCCGCAGUAAGGUCAGUGCUAGUCAGGAAGCGCCGACUGAGGGGUCGCUCAGAGGGAGGGUGGCUGUUCAGGAUGGCAUCUACACAGCUAAGCCUGUAAGGACCUUCAUGCCCCGCGCUGGGGCCCCGCCUGCUAACGGGGAGCUGGAAGCCAUGCCCCAGCCAGGGGCCCCCACCCCACCAAGUGCCGGGGGCCCGGAGGUAGGCUCAGGACCAGGGGGGGAAGGGAGCAGGGGCUGUGUACAGGCCGCCCUUGAGUCUCUGGGCAAGGCCAAUAUGAACGUAUGCAAAGGAGACAUCAGAGCAGCUCUCAUCUACCAGGAUGCAGCCCGCAGGGUCUCUGUACCCAGCCCCAGCCAAACCGCUGGCCCCAGCCAGCCAGCCCUUAAUGACUUUCCUCCUCCCCCAGCUGCUGUGACUGGACCUGAGUUCUCACCCCUACCUGGCCCUGAAGACAGCACCCUUUCCCGUGCUCCAACCCCUCAGAAGCCCUAUGCUCCUGUCCUCAGCCCUGUCUCUGGCCAGAGACCCCCAGAGAGACCAGAGGCAGAGUCCCCCAAACAGGAGACAACGGUGAUGGUCACCAGGAAGAAGCCCGCUCUACCCCCCAAGCCUGCGCACCUCGGAGCUCCAGCCCAGAUCCUUCCCCCGAAGCAUGCGGCCGUCACUGGGACUGCAGGGGAGGCCCAGUCUCUGAUGCCACCACGCGAAACAAGUGGAUAUGCAGAUGGCCCCCUCAGCGGGAGGCCGCCCCCCAGCCUGGUCCCCUCUGCCUCCAAGACCUCUGAGAAGGAGGUUGUGGUCAACAGUGGCCGGGCCAUGGGUCCUAGAGGGUCUCCCUGCACCCCGGCUACACUCAAGGAUGAUCCUGCCCCACUGCAGGGGCCAAGGGGGCUUCCCAGGCAGGAGUCAAAACCAGAGCCCGAGACCAAUCAGCAGAAGCCUGGGGGAGAGAUCCCCCAGGGACACGUGCAGGGAGCCAGAGAGAUCUUUGAAAACCUGAAGAAGCAGCAGGAGCUGCAGGCCAUCCUGAGCCGCGUGAAGGCCAUUGAGGAGGACGCUGUGCGUGGGGUGGACGUGAAGGCCCUCCAGAGCCUCUUUGAGGCUGUUCCUGAGUGGGUGGGGAAAAGGCCCCAAACUUCAGACUCCAGGGAGGCCUGUCCUGGGCAGGCCUCGACUCCGGGCCCCAAGGGGGUGUCCUCGGUGGAGCUGGCCUUUGGAGACCUGGCCCGGGCCAGUGCUGAAGUGGCCUGCCUGAAAGAGCAGACCCUGGCCCGGCUGCUGGACAUCGAGAAGGCUAUCCGUAAGGCCCUCAGCUCUGUGUCCAGCCUCAAGCCAGAGGCCGACAUUGUGGCACUCUCGGGCCUCCUUGGAGAGUCACUAGGGGAAGAGCCUUCAACCCCAGCUCCGAGAGAAAGCAGCAUUGCCGAGGUCAGCAUCCAGUCCAGUAGUAAGGUCAAAUCAGAGCAGACUGGACCCGAGGGCAGGGAGCAAGCCCAGCUCAAGGGUCAGGCGGAGGCCGAGGCUCAAGCAAAGGCCCAGGACCUCUCUAAGGUGGAAAGUCAAGCCUCGGUGAAAGCCCAGCCCAGAGGACUGCCCGAGAACCUGAGAACAGAGCUGGGCAUCGCCAGAGUCCUGCCUGCCCGCGUAAAUUCUCCCUCCUCGCCGUCCUUCAUCACCAUUGAGUCAGCAGCCAGGAAGCCGGCAGAGUCUCCCAGCCCCAGGGACAGCCCCGACACGUCCCACCUGUCCCGGGACAUUGCCCACUCUUUGCCCCUAGAAGGUAUCCCAGCUGAUCGAGAUCACAGGGAGGUGAGGCAGGGCCUCGGCCAGUCGGAGCCAAGCCCUGGGGCCAGUCCCCUGUUCCCCAGGAGGCAGAAAAGCGUCUUGGAGCUGCAGACGGGCCCUCGGGGCUCCCAGUUAUACGGAGCGACCCGGACAGUGACGGAGCAAUAUGAAGAGGUGGACCCAUUUGGGAACAAGAUCAUCACGUCGUCCACCACGGUCACGAAGCAGGCCGACGGCCCGGCCAGCAGGGGCCACGGUUAUGAAGUGGGCACCUCCCCUCUGCUGCGCCGCUACCUGCAGAGCACCUCCAGGGCCAACGGGACCCUGCAUGAGGCUGGCAUGGUAUGCGUGACCUUUGGGAACUCCCGGCCAACCACCAAGUGA